AUGACCGACCUGGACGACGAGGCCUACCAGGCUUACAGGGAGGAGCGCCAGCGGAUCGAGAAACUUGCCUGGUCUCACGUCAACAAGGACAGGGUGCUGGAAUUUGCUGCUGGAGUCCGAAGUCGAGCAGUCGAGUCUCGUCGUUUCGAAUGCCAGACCUGCGACUUGGGACUCCUGUCGGCUCAUGCCCUUCGGAAGCGCCUGGCAACUAAAGCGCACCUGGAACGGGAGAGAAUCGCGGCCGGGGGGGUUCUCCCGCCCCGUGCUGCGAUCUCUGAGUACUUCCGUGAUAAUGGAAAGCACGCGUUGAUCGUUUUCGAUGAUCUGUCCAAGCAGGCCGUCGCGUACCGCCAGAUGUCUCUGCUGCUGCGUCGUCCCCCUGGUCGUGAGGCUUACCCCGGUGACGUUUUCUACCUGCACUCGCGUCUGCUGGAGCGUGCCGCCAAGAUGAGCGACAAGCACGGUGGCGGUUCCCUGACAGCCCUUCCCAUCAUCGAGACCCAGGGAGGUGAUGUAUCUGCCUAUAUUCCCACCAACGUUAUUUCCAUCACGGACGGCCAGAUCUUCCUGGAGGCUGAACUGUUCAACAAGGGUAUCCGCCCGGCUAUCAACGUGGGUCUGUCCGUGUCUCGUGUCGGCUCCGCUGCUCAGCUCAAGGCCAUGAAGCAGGUUGCUGGUUCGCUGAAGCUCUUCCUGGCCCAGUACCGUGAGGUCGCUGCCUUCGCCCAGUUCGGUUCUGAUCUGGAUGCUGCCACUAAGCAGACCCUGAACCGCGGUGAGCGUUUGACCGAGCUUCUGAAGCAGAAGCAGUACUCGCCCAUGGCUGUCAACGAGAUGGUUCCCCUGAUCUACGCUGGUGUCAACGGUUUCCUGGACACGAUCCCGGUCGACAAGAUUCUGACUUGGGAGGCUGACUUCCUGGCCCACCUCAAGACCAACGAGACUGAGCUGCUUGCCACGAUCGACAAGGAGGGUGCUCUGAGCAAGGAUCUUGAGGCCAAGCUCCGGUCUACGAUCGAAAUUUUCACCAAGAGCUUCAGCGCUUAA